UGGGGGUGGCGGCCAGCAUGCUGCUCGGCUGCGGCUCGGCCUCCCACACCCGCGGCGCCCGCGUCCUCGCCAGCAGCGGCGGCGGCCGAGCAGCGAGCGGCGCCCGGGUCUGCAGCGGCGCCGGGUCCGAGCGCGCGGCGCGGCGGCGGGGGUCGGGGCCGGGCCGGGGACCGGGGACCCGGCAUGGCGCUGCGGAGAGGCGGCGGCGGGGCGCUGGGGCUGCUGCUGCUGCUGCUGCUGGGCGCCGCGUGCCUGAUCCCGCGGAGCGCGCAGGUGAGGCGGCUGGCGCGCUGCCCCGCCACUUGCAGCUGUACCAAGGAGUCCAUCAUCUGCGUGGGCUCUUCCUGGGUGCCCAGGAUCGUGCCGGGCGACAUCAGCUCCCUGAGCUUAGUAAAUGGAACUUUUUCAGAAAUCAAGGACCGAAUGUUUUCCCAUCUGCCUUCCCUGCAGCUGCUACUGCUGAAUUCUAACUCAUUCACCGUGAUCCGUGACGAUGCAUUUGCUGGACUUUUCCAUUUGGAAUACCUGUUCAUCGAAGGGAACAAAAUAGAAACCAUUUCAAGAAAUGCCUUCCGCGGCCUCCGGGAUCUGACUCACCUUUCUUUGGCCAAUAACCACAUUAAAGCGCUACCAAGGGAUGUCUUCAGUGACUUAGACUCUCUGAUUGAACUGGAUUUAAGGGGUAAUAAAUUUGAAUGUGACUGCAAAGCCAAGUGGUUGUAUCUGUGGUUGAAGAUGACCAAUUCCACCGUCUCCGACGUGCUGUGCUCUGGUCCACCAGAAUACCAGGAGAAGAAGCUGAACGAGGUGGCCAGCUUCGACUACGAGUGCACAACCACAGAUUUUGUUGUCCACCAGACUUUGCCCUACCAGUCGGUGUCGGUGGACACGUUCAACUCCAAGAACGACGUGUACGUGGCCAUCGCGCAGCCCAGCAUGGAGAACUGCAUGGUUCUGGAGUGGGACCACAUCGAGAUGAACUUCCGGAGCUACGACAAUAUCACAGGCCAGUCCAUCGUGGGCUGCAAGGCCAUCCUGAUCGAGGACCAGGUCUUCGUGGUGGUGGCCCAGCUCUUCGGCGGCUCCCACAUUUACAAAUACGACGAGAGCUGGACCAAGUUCGUCAAGUUCCAGGACAUAGAGGUCUCGCGCAUCUCCAAGCCCAAUGACAUCGAGCUGUUCCAGAUCGACGCAGAGACAUUCUUCAUCAUCGCGGACAGCUCCAAGGCCGGCCUGUCCACCGUGUACAAGUGGAACAGCAAGGGCUUCUACUCCUACCAGUCGGUGCACGAGUGGUUCCGCGACACGGACGCCGAGUUCGUGGACAUUGAUGGCAAGUCGCACCUCAUCCUAUCCAGCCGCUCCCAGGUCCCCAUCAUCCUCCAGUGGAAUAAAAGCUCCAAGAAGUUCGUCCCCCACGGUGACAUCCCCAACAUGGAGGACGUGCUGGCUGUGAAGAGCUUCAGGAUGCAGAACACACUCUACCUGUCCCUCACCCGCUUCAUCGGGGACUCCCGGGUCAUGAGGUGGAACAGCAAGCAGUUCGUGGAGAUCCAGGCGCUCCCCUCCCGAGGGGCCAUGACCCUGCAGCCCUUCUCCUUUAAAGAGAACCACUACCUGGCGCUGGGCAGCGACUACACCUUCUCACAGAUCUACCAGUGGGAUAAGGAGAAGCAGCUGUUCAAAAAGUUCAAGGAGAUCUACGUGCAGGCCCCUCGUUCCUUCACCGCCGUCUCCACCGACAGGAGGGAUUUCUUUUUUGCAUCCAGUUUCAAAGGGAAAACAAAGAUUUUUGAACACAUCAUUGUCGACUUAAGUUUGUGAAGGGUGACGGGUGGGUUUAAAAGACUUGAAGUGUGAGCCCUCAGAAGAGAGGACCGGGAAGAAAUAAUAAAAUACAAUAAGCCAGGCUCAGAGCUCUGAAAUGACAAUCUCAAUUGCACUGGGGAAAUAGUUAGAAGUUUUCCAACUUUUAGGACUCACAUUUUAAUCAGGGAUUGCAUUUAUUGGCUAACCGCAUGAGAUGCCCAUUCUACCAUUUAAAAAGACAUCUCAAAACCUGUAAUUUCUGAGAGUACAGCAUAUCCUCUUGCCAUCUAGAAAGUAAUGUGCUUUUUUUUUUCUUUCUUUUUAAAGAGGAAGGAGAAAAUUGAACAAGACGGGAUAGCUCUUAUAGCAAAAUUAAAAAAAAAAAA